GCUCAUCCGCAGCGUAUGUAAAUAAACAAAACAUUCUGCAUUCGGAACGCUACGGUUCUAAAAUCGAUACACCAGCCGUCCCUAUGUGCCAAUGUAAAGUCAUUCCAAUGUAACUGUGCUGUUUCAAACAAUGACCGGAUUCGUAGCAGUGCACACAGGUGCAGGGAACUUCCUCGAUGAGACGCUGUACGAGCACGUAUGCCGAGAGGCCUGCAGUCAAGCAGUGAACGUGCUGUACGCUGGCGGAACCGCGUUAGAUGCUUGUGAGCGUGCCAUCGUGUUACUGGAAAACUCGACCGCCACGAAUGCGGGCAUCGGUUCGAACCUAAACUGGGAUCGACGGGUGGAGUGCGAUGCGUGCAUCAUGGACGGUGCAUCGUUACAGUUUGGAGCCUGCACCAAUGUGACUGACGUGAAGAACCCGAUAAGUCUGGCGCGCCACCUCUGCGAGAGACAAUCAAAACUGCUCAGCUUCGGCCGGAUACCACCGAUGGUAUUGGUGGGCCAGGGUGCGUCGGCGUACGCGCGCGAGAUCGGACUACAGAUGGUUCCUGCGGAGCAUAUGAUCUCAGCCAAUGCGGCUAAAAAGUACGACCACUACCGGUCACAAAUCAUGCAAUACGAGGAAAUCAAUCGCUCGAAGCUUUCGCCGCUGGAUACGGUCGGAGCGGUGUGUGUCGAUGCGGAAGGGUCGAUUGUGGCCGGUUGUAGUUCCGGCGGGUUGAUGCUUAAGCUGAGUGGACGCGUAGGCCAGGCAGCAACGUACGGGGCUGGGUGUUGGGCGCUGAUGGACGAAAAUACCAGCAUGUCGGCCGCCUCUUGUACGACCGGCAAUGGGGAGUAUCUGAUGAAGACGCUGUUCGCCAAGGAACUGGUAGACGAUCUGAUCGGCUGCAACUGUCCCAUCACAUCCCAGCACAUGACAUACAAGAAGAAGCUGCUUGAAUCGCCGUUCCUGUCAAAGCAGAAGGCAAUCCAUGCCGGGUCGCUUUCGAUCAUCUACAACACUGCCAGCGGGGAUGGCGAUCUGCUCUGGGCACACACGACCAACUCCAUGUGCAUCGGAUUCAUGUCAACUAAGCAGAAGAAACCGAAGUUCGUUCUGUCGAAACUUCCACAGAAUCUCACCUGUGGGACAAAGCCUGUCAUCAAUGGACACCAUUUCAAGCUGAUCUAGACCGUGGCGGGCACACCGAACAGUCUAAUCUUCAAACCUAACGUGAUUCGCAAUCUGAUAGAGUUACUAGUUAGUUUCACCAGAGAAAUAUAACCUGAGAUGCUACCUUCCGAUAUUCCUUGUAUAGAAAUAAAGCCUGAUAAGCCAAACGAUUCAAUUAAACCUACGAAAUGCUAA